GCAACCAUUUUACGUGCAUGCCUCAAAACAUUCACUAUAAACUCAUUCGUCUCGUUCUCAACGUUGUAGUUCAACAAAGACAAUAAAAGUGGAGACGGGAAGCCCAGCCUGAUAGGGCUAGUGGUAUUAGCUCCCUUUACAGGAUUAGCCGGGCAUCUAUAGCUCAGCGUAAGCAGCGUCGCUUCCUCACUCUUCACUCAGGGAAACACAUGAAUGCUACACUGCUACCACUGUAAUGACAUCUCGUGGCUCCGUGGAGGGGGGGAUCUUUGCUGUACGUCAGCGGGGUUGACGCUGCGACCGAGGCCCAGAGGUUGGAGCUAGAGGCCUUGACCCGUGGCUGAGGCCGGUCGGCCGCAAUGAGGGUACAUGUGGUGUUGCUCGUGCUGCUGUGCAGCUUGCAGGGCCUGUUCUUUCAGAGAUCCACAGCAGACGAGGAAGUCAGUGGUAAGAUUUAUAAUGGUGAGGCGGAAUGGCUGCCCCAGCCCAAGCCCUGGGAGGACACGUACUGGUCUGGGACCGCCCCCCUGUGCCUCGGAGGCUGCAGGGGGCGCCACCAAGAGCUGAAGAGCGACCGCUGUGGGGACUCCAGCUGCUGCUGGGUGGGGUCCAAGUCCCUCUGCAGAGUGAACUGCGGCAGACCGGACGUGGACUACAACGGCGUGGUGACCGGUGACGACUGGUGGGUGGGCUCGCUGGUGAGGUACGAGUGCCGUGCCGGCUUCCUGCUGCUCGGAGACCCCACCAGAGUGUGCCAGUCCGACGGCCGUUGGACCCCAAAACCCUUCUGCCUGCGGAUGUGUCAGCGGGGACGCGUGGAGGUCAACGAGAGGGAGCUGAGCGGAAACUGCUCCACCACCUGCGCCAACAAGAGCUACUUUGGAAACCCCAAGCUAGGCUGUAGCCAUCUUGACAACUGUCAGAACAAGGAUACCGGCUGGAAGCGCUUCUUCUCCCAGUGUGUCCCCUGCGUCUGCGACUGCUCCAUAUCCUGUACAAACGCAGUCAAACUGGAGGUGAAGAGGAAGAGAAACUGAGAUUACUGUCCCUUCCUGUCUUCUCUUCUUUUUUUUCACCAAUCAUCUCCCUCCCUUUGUCUCAGGUGAAAAUCAAAAUGAACUGACAUCAAUGAAGGUUUUGAACAAACUUAUUUCAUUGAUUUGUGGUCUGAAUUGUUUAGGUUGACUAAGAACAUUUAUGAAAUGAAUAAUUGACAAUCAAAACAUGAAUCUUAGAUAUAAUCUGUAGGAUAGCUUUGAUGGACUGACAUCCCUUUCGGAUUCUACCAGUUCUAUGCAUGCAAACAAUAUAAUAAUAAAAGCAAUAGCGUCAUAUAAUAAAUGCUAGUAAUUAGGAACAUUUUACUAAGAAGAAACUCAUAAAACAUCAUUGACACUAUGAGAUAUUUGCAGAUAUGUAGAUAUUUAUUAUUCUGCUGUGAGACAGACAUUUCUUGCUUUUUUAUUAUUAUUAUGAUGUUAGAUAUGUUUUAGAUAUGCAAAAGACAAUUAAAUGACGUCAUGUUUA